AUGCGCUUCCACAUCCCCCUCAUCCUGGCCCUCACGGCUCUUGCAACGGCAUCCCCAGUCCCAGUCCAAGCCCCAGCUCCUGAUGCGCACCCACUGUCCAAACGCGACGGCGCCGCCGUCAUCUCCGCCGUCAACACCAUCACCGAGUCAAUGAUAACCCUCAACGACACCGUAACCUCCUACAAGGGCGGAAUCCUGGGCACAGUGACGGCGCUAAAGAUCGAAUUCCAAGCCAUCGCGCUAAGCAACGACCUGCGCGACGCCGUGAGCACCACAAAGGCCUCUGCGAACUUCACGGAAGAGGAAUCGCUCAAUGUCUCCGCAGCCUUCCUGGACCUGCAGCCGAACAUUGACUCGACGCUCGACAAUAUCGUGCGGAAGAAACCCCAGUUUGAUACGGGGCUGCUGGGGAUUGGGAGUUUGGGGUUUUUGGUCAAGGCGAAUCUGGUCACUGAGAAGGACCUUGCGGCGAAGUUGGGGGAUGAGGUUGUGAAGAGGUUGACGGCGACGUAUGCGGGAAUUGCGCCGAUAAUCAAUGCGCAGAUUCAGGCGAAAUUUGAGGAGGCGAUUGCUGCUUUUGAGUAG